GCAUGACUUCCGUCGGUUAGGUCGAGUGGGCGGUUCCCGUCUCCAUCAACCCAGGAUGAGCCUGCUGGGGAAGCCCCUCAACUACAAGACCUCACGGAGAGACGUGAGGUAUCGUCGUUCUCAGGCGAGGGUCUACAAUUUCCUCGAAAGGCCGCGGGGUGUCAAGGCUGUCAUUUACCACUUGACUGUAUUCUGCACCAUCUUCACCUGUCUGACCCUAAGCGCCUUGUCCACAGUACACGAUUAUGAAGACAGCGCUACGCAGGUCCUCUUCUAUAUUGAGUCCUUCGUUGUGGUUUGGUUCACCAUCGAGUACUUCUUGAGACUGUGGUCGUCAGGAUGCCGUUCCAGAUACCAAGGCAUUUGGGGCAGAAUGAAAUAUGCCAAGAGACCAUUCUGCUGUAUAGACAUGGUGACCAUCGUGGCGUCGGUGGUCGUCCUGGCCAACGGCACGGGCGGCCAGGUCGUGAAUGCGGUUCGCGGGCUGCGGUUCUUCCAGAUCCUUCGCAUGGUGAGGAUGGACCGGCGGGGAGGCACGUGGAAGCUCCUCGGCUCGGUGGUCUACGCGCACAGACAGGAACUGCUGACCACAGUCUAUAUAGGCUUCCUAGGCCUCAUCUUUUCGUCGUUUCUCGUGUACCUGGUGGAGAAAGACAUAAACGACAAUUUCAAGACUUUUCCCGACGCGCUGUGGUGGGGGGUGAUCACGCUAUGCACGGUGGGCUACGGAGACGCCGUGCCGAUAAGCUACGGAGGGAAGAUGAUCGCCUCGGGCUGCGCUCUGUUGGGCAUCUCCUUCUUCGCGCUGCCGGCGGGCAUCCUCGGCUCGGGGUUCGCCCUGAAGGUGCAGCAGCAGCAGCGGCAGAAGCACAUGAUCCGCCGCCGCCAGCCCGCCGCCACGCUCAUCCAGUGUCUAUGGCGAUGCUAUGCCGCCGACGAGCACUCCAUGUCCGUCGCCACCUGGAAGAUCCACCAGGUGCCUCUGCCGUCGCCGCCCUCCAUCAAGAUCGAGGAAAAGGAUAAGACCCCUAAUUCUACUUCGCUCUUCAAGCACAACGCCUCAUUUGUGCGUCUGCCCACCAUUCGUCGCCACAGAAAUGCUCACUCUCCUUCCAUUAAAAAUAGACAUAUUGAUUCUAACCACGCGUUAGAGAACCUUGUUAAUUCCAAUAGAUUAAAUGCAAGUCAUAGUGAAGAUUCCGUUUCAAAGGAAUCCUCGGAAGCAUUAUUAACUAAGAAAAAUUCAGAUGUAGAUGAGGACGACGAACAACCACGGGUCCUGCAGUUAACGAAUCAACACAAGGGAGCCAUCAGGGCCAUCAGAAAGAUUAGGUACUUCCUUGCCAGACGUAAGUUCAAAGAGGCCCUAAAACCCUAUGAUGUAAAAGACGUUAUUGAACAAUAUUCCUCGGGCCAUGCAGAUCUCCUUACAAGAGUUAAAUACCUGCAUGGGAGAUUAGACCAGAUUCUUGGGAAGCAAGGGUCGAAAGCCAAGGAUGUUUACGAGUCAAAAAUCUGCCUUGCGUCUAGGAUUGUCAAGGUAGAAAGACAGGUCGACGACAUUGAAUCCAAGCUAGAUCAGCUGAUCGACCUGUACAUGGAGGACCGCAAACGUCUUUUAGCGUUGCCUUCAGCUGUCUCUUCUGUGCCUCUUGCUCCUCCCUCUUCUGCGCCGCCGCCAGGUUCCCCAGACAGCAACAGCAGCGGCCCAACCACCUCUUAUGCGCCGGCCUCGGGAACCCCUCUGACUGCGCCUUCGUCUUCCCUGGCUGUUCCAGGUGCUCCUCCGCCCUACACAUCGGUUCUCAAGCCCAAGCCGAUCCUGGUGGAUAAGCAGGCAUCAGAACCCAAUACCCCCACAAGCAAGCACUUUGAGAGACCCAUGACCAGGGGUUAUUCUGAUGUCUCUCAGAGAAUGAAAAAACGGGUUACUUUAAGCUCGCUGCCGUCCCGACACUCCUUGGAAGUGAAAGAACCCGACUUGCUUCAGGUGCCACAGGUCGUUCAGAUAGAGCAUUUGGCCGCCCCAUACAUCGACGAUGACUGUGAUUCUACCUAUCAAGAUGAUGAGUGCUGUACAAUGGUAACUGAGUGUGAUUCACUAAUGAUCUCAGAAGAGGAUCAUACAAUUCAAGAGGAACCGGCCUCUCUCUGCGAAGAGAAUGAAGUGUCAAACUUUGUCAUACCAACCAUUUCUGCAUCUGUGGCUCAGGAGGCCACAUCCUUGCAAGUUCCUCCCCCAAGCAUACUAAGUCACACCUCAGAUGUGAAUCACCACAACAGCAGUCAGCACCACCACUCCAAAUACCAUUACCCAAGACACUCUCUCUUUAGCCAUCACCACUCUUACCCGCCGCCAUCGUCAUAUUCAUCAGCGUCAUCUUCAUCGUCAUACGCACUCCUGCCCGUCCUUGAGCCUCCUGUAUUGGUGACAGAGAGCAUUGAGCUUCAUGCCACUGAGGGCUCUGCAUGCUUGCCGCCAGAGAUCAUCACCACCAUAGCAAUGGAGGAGUCGUCAUCUUCAUGAUGGUGCAAGAAAGGAAAACAAUGCUUCUUGCUCAGGGCACUUGAAAAUCCAUUAUUUUUUACCAUCUUUCUCACUACUACAUUUGUGUAGUUAUACCUAAUAUAUCCCUCUUUUUUCAGAGAUAUGAAUUGUUCUAAUUUUUUUUGUUAGUAGCUUUUGGUAUACGAAUUCUAGGUCAACAUGUGAAAAAUAUUGGGAAUGAGAUCUCUCUAACUUUAUGUUUUCCUAGUUGCUUGAGACAAAGUAGACUUGAUUAUGAACAAUAAGCAGCAAUGAAUCAAGAAGGUCCUCAGGCACUGAGACCUUCUUUUUCAAAGUAAUCUUUCACUUAUGUCAUACAUGAGGUAUCUGAGCUUUCUAUGUGAUAAUUGCUUAAUUUGUAAGAUUAAGAUUUGAUUCUAAAUAAGCCAUGACCCUCAGUUCUCUUCAUUUUCUUUACUGACCUUGUGAAUUUUGCUGGAGACAUCUGUAUCACUCUAAACACAUUUGGACAGCACUCAGACUCUUUAGUCUUCACCUAGAGGUCAAUAUAGUUCUGGAUCAGCUACAGAUAGGAGCUUAAUUUCUCUUCUAUUUUCACUCGGUAAUAUACAUAAUAGAUUUCCCAUAGUGGCUUAUCAAUGACUAGCUUAUAAUUUAAAGUCACUGGAUAGUUUAAAGAAUGAAACAUGAGGAGAGUAGUAUUGGUCAUAAAUUAACAGGUUUUUCCUCUUCUGGAGUGGGGAUAAGCUUGUGUGUUCAUUAAUGUCAAAAUGACAUAUAUAUAUACAUAUGAACUCUACCUAAAUGAGAUUCUGUACUCACUAGUACUUUGACAUGAUGUAAUGAAGAAAGUGAUGGGUCUAAUUAUGAAUAUUCUAUGAAAUACAUUUUCAUAUUUAUAUUCAGGUGUUUACAGUUAACUCUGAUAUAGAUCAGAGAAAAAAAAUACAUCUUGUCACUUUUGGUGCUGGCUUAAGUCCAAUUAAAUAUUCAUAUUAGUUUUAAUAUUAAUGCAUCCAAUGAGUAUAUGAUCUUUGACAGGGGAUACUAAACCUUCAUAAUUUUAUCUUAUGAGUUUGGUUUCCUUUGUCAUUUCAUCAUUUAGAUCUCUUCAUCACACAAAAAACUAUGUCUUGGAAACAGUAUUAGUAAUUUCUGGUAUUUGUUACAGUGAAAGAAGAUUGCAUCUCAAUCAGCCCAUGUACUCAUGGAGAUAAUGAAGUCUGUUCAUACGUUACCAGUCAUUCUUUCUUCUUUUUUUCAUCUUCUAGGCCAAUGCAUUUUAUAUAAAUCAUAAUGUAUCAAAUACCAUAAUAACACUGAAGGGUUCCUGUUGCCAAGAUUGUUCAUUUCAAGCAAGCAAACCCUUGAAGGUAAUAAUGUUCAUUUUUAAGUAUGGUACUAUUCCUUGUCUACCUUUCACGUGAAACUUUGCUGCCAGUACAAUUCAAAUCAUGGAUUUUCUAGCACCGAUCCUCACCAAACAUCUAACAGAAUAGACGUUUGUGGAAGUUUUAUCACUUCUUUAAAGAUUAUUUUCAUACUUUGGCCUUCAUGAAACCCCUAAAAAAAAAAAAAAAAAUAU